AUGGCAGCCAAAGAGAUGAUACGACUAUCCCACCGCCCGCGAGCCGGGUAUCUACCCCGGGGCGAACGCUACGACCCCGACUUGACGGAGGUUGUGCUCGAGGGCGCGUCUUCGCCGGUUCGAAGCGCGCGUAUUACCGCUACCAUUCUACCUCUCGCCGCCAAUCUGCCCUUGACCACCAACUCCAUCCCUGCCGCCGAUCCCGCUCAUCCACCCUCGCACGAGCUACCCAACGUCGUCACUGAGCUCAUAUGCUCGCGUCCGAAUACACCUCUCCCUGCGUACGACGAUACGCCCCUUCCAGCGUACGAGAGCAGCGAACCUCGGUCACUGCGUCCCUCCCGCCGAGCCCCUGGCCCGCCAACCGCGCCAGCCGCGUCGAACGCACUCCGCUCGCCACCUUUCCGCCCAGUACGGUCCACGACAGAUGCCAUAAUCUUUCGCCCUCUCCCGCCUCCUCCGGCCGGGGUCCCAGCACCACCUCCGCCCCCACCGCCGCCUCCAGCCCCAUCCCCGGCCUCGUCUUCUCACGCGCCUCCGCUCUUGCAGCGGCGGAGCCAUGUGCGCCGGCUCCCAUUACCGCGCCCUUUGUCGUAG